AAUCAAAAUAUUACGUUAAUCUCCAUCCCUGACAUCUAAUGCAGCCCUGCCCUCGCAGCCCUGGCAGUAUACGUGUCGUGCAGUCGCUUUCUCAUUCGUUUUGUUAUUUUUGAGCUGAAAGUGCGACCUAUACUUCACAACAACAACACAAAAAAUGGCUCCACCACAGAGAAUGCGCGUCGCCAACGAGAAGGCCAGCAAAUAUGUUACAAUGCGUGGCAAUGUACCCAAAUCCUCGAAAACGAAAGAGGGUCAGUAUCCCGUGGGUCCAUGGCUUUUGGCGCUCUUCAUCUUUGUGGUCUGCGGCUCGGCUAUUUUCCAGAUCAUUCAGUCGAUAAGGGCUGCGUAAGGAAAAGCUCCUUCACUUCACAAUUAUACAUACAAACGCAGCCGCAUCUGGAGGAAGAUAAUAGACCCUUCCGGAGCCUCCAUUUGCUACUACUAUAGCCUUUCCAGAAGACCUUUUUUAGCUGAAUAGACCCCAAAAGCAUGUGCAACCGGAAGAUGACGUCAAAUAACUUGGCUUUCCACAGUUUAUUUUGGUGUCUGCAAUAUCUACUCUUAUAAAACACAUACAAAAUUUAAGUCCAUUUAAAGCAUUUUGCAAUUAUUAAUUUAAAUGUAAGCUCUGCAAUGUGCAUUCCUGCAAUUCUCUCCUAAACACUUACAACAAAAUCAACUGAAUAAUGGUCUUGACCAUUUUAUAGGCGAUAAAUGCAUUUUUAAGAUGCUUCUCGAUGCCGUUUUAAAUAGUGCAAAGUGUUAAAGCGUUGUUUUCUAAUGCAAAGACGAGUAGAGAAGGAACUAUGAGUACAUAAAAAUGAUGAAUAUAUAUUAAUUUUUUACCUUAA